AUGGAGCAGAAGCAGGAACAUAAGAAACGAAGAGAAGGAAGAGGGCAGCAAAAUAAGAAGGCAGGAGCAGGCCAAGCAGAAGCAAGACCAAGGAGCAAGAGGACGGAGAGGAGCAAGAGACAAGCAGACAGAAGCAGGAGCAGGCAAGCCAAGCAAGCAAGAAGCAUUGAAAGCAGUCAAGUCCUAGGUGAUGGAGGAGGAGGAGGAGGAGGAGGAGGAGGAGGGAGGAGGAAGGAGGAGGAGGAGGAGGAGGAGGAGGAGGAGGAGGAGGAGGAGGAGGAGGACCUAGGAGGAGGAGGAGGAGAGGCCCUCAAGAGCGUCAAAAAGAAGAGCAGCCUUCUGAAGGAAGCCUUCUUUAUUGGUAACUGGUAG